CCAUCCGCAAUGUCUGCUCCUACGUACGUCUCUUCCUUGUUUCUUCUUCUUUUCUGCUUCCUGUCGAUUGCGAGGUGAUGCGGGGUGGCUUCUUCCUUAUCCCGCGUUCUUCCGGUCAGGCUGUUUUCUCUGCCAGAGAUUCAAGCAGAAGCAAUUGAGUUCUCUUUUUAUAAUAAUGAAGAUUGCUAACGUUUGGAGUGCUCGUCUUGCUGGCAUUGCUGGCGGACUGAUGCACACUUCUGAACCCAGUGGUGAUAUCGGUCUUAUCGGCUUGGCCGUCAUGGGCCAGAACCUGAUCCUCAACGCUGCUGAUCACGGCUACACUGUUGUUGCCUUCAACCGUACCGUCUCGAAGGUCGACCACUUCCUCGAGAACGAGGCCAAGGGCAAGAGCAUCAUUGGUGCCCACUCCAUUGAGGAGCUCUGCGCCAAGCUCAAGAAGCCCCGUCGUGUUAUCCUUCUCGUCAAGGCCGGCAAGGCUGUUGAUGACUUCAUUGACCUCUUGAUCCCCCACAUGGAGCCCGGUGACAUUAUCAUUGAUGGUGGUAACUCUCACUUCCCCGACUCCAACCGCCGCACCAAGGAGUUGGCCGAGAAGGGACUUCUCUUUGUUGGCUCUGGUGUGUCUGGUGGUGAGGAGGGUGCCCGCUACGGCCCCAGUUUGAUGCCCGGUGGAAACGAGAAGGCGUGGCCGGCUAUCAAGAACAUUUUCCAGGACAUUGCCGCCAAGACUGACGGUGAGCCGUGCUGCGACUGGGUUGGAGACGAGGGCGCUGGCCACUUUGUGAAGAUGGUCCACAACGGUAUUGAGUACGGUGACAUGCAGUUGAUUUGCGAGGCGUACGAUAUCCUUAAGCGCGGUGCUGGUUUCACCGACAAGGAGAUUGGAGAUGUUUUCGCCAAGUGGAACACUGGUGUUCUUGACUCUUUCUUGAUUGAGAUCACCCGUGAUAUUCUUUACUUCAACGAUGAGGACGGAACUCCUCUUGUUGAGAAGAUUAUGGACAGAGCCGGCCAGAAGGGAACUGGAAAGUGGACUGCCAUCAACGCGCUUGACCUCGGUAUGCCUGUCACUCUUAUCGGAGAGGCUGUGUUUGCUCGCUGCUUGUCUGCGAUCAAGGAGGAGCGUGUUGCUGCCUCGAAGGUUCUUCCCGGACCUACUCCCGCGUUCUCUGGUGACAAGCAGGAGUUUGUUGACCAGCUCGAGCAGGCUCUGUAUGCGUCCAAGAUUAUUUCGUACGCUCAGGGCUUCAUGUUGAUCAGAGAGGCUGGUAAGGAGUACGGCUGGACGCUCAACAACCCGGCUAUUGCUCUUAUGUGGAGAGGUGGCUGCAUUAUCCGCUCUGUUUUCUUGGGCGAGAUCACCCGUGCUUACCGCAAGAACCCCGAGCUCGAGAACCUGCUGUUUGACGACUUCUUCAAGUCUGCGAUCACCAAGGCCCAGGACUCGUGGCGCCAGAUUGUGUCGAAGGCUGUGUUGUGGGGAAUUCCCACCCCUGCUUUCACCACUGCGUUGUCGUUCUACGACGGCUACAGAUCUGCCCGUCUGCCCGCGAACUUGCUGCAGGCCCAGCGUGACUACUUUGGUGCGCACACCUUCCACGUUCUCCCCGAGUUCGUUUCGGAGAAGUACCCUGCCAACACCGACAUCCACAUCAACUGGACUGGCCGCGGUGGCAACGUGUCUGCCUCUACCUACCUUGCUUAAGUGAUUAGGCCGGAAUAGUGUGCUAGGAAGAAGUGAUUAGUGUUUAAUGUUAAGGCGAUGAAGCCGUCAAAAUGUAGUAGCUGAAAUUGAGAUUUUGGUUGAGUCAAAUUCUAAAUUUAUUUUCUAUUAAAAGAGAAAGUUCGGCGGGAUCCCCGAAGAUUUAUUAAAAAGGAGCCUGAAUCAGAUAAACAAGAAGAGUAAAUGGGUCCGAGGGUGUAAACAGUGACUAAAGAACAGAGAUAGAUGUGUAUAUAUAACUACAUAUAUAACUACAUAAUAUAUAACUACAUAUAGAUAUAGAACAGAUAUAGAAUAUAGACACAGU